GCCCGCGAUGGCGCGCUCCAGCUGCGGCGCCCUGGUCCUCGCCGCGGCGGCCGCGUGGCUGCUGUCGGCGGCCCUCUCGCCGGCCUUCGCCGGCCCGAGGGCCCAGCCGGCUGCCCGGGGCAGCAGCGUGGCCAGGCAAGCCGGGUCCGAGAUCAUGCUCACCGCCCCCUCGAUCGGCGGCCGUUACCGCGUGGUCAUCGACGAGAGCACCACGGUGGAGUCCUGCCUCACCAAGUUCAGGAAGAUCUUCGAGAUCGACCAGGACUUCCUCCUCGACAGCGACUUCAACGUCUACCUGAAGGAGGACGAGAGCAAGCCGAUCUCCGGGAAGAUCUCGGAGCACACCAAGUUGCGCCCCUGGGGCCCGGACGGCAUCGAGCUCCACAUCUAUUACGAGCCGAAGUGAGCGGGCCGAGUUCGCCCCUGCUUGGCAGAUGCCGAGGAGCAGAGACUUAGGACGGCACGAUUUUCUUUUCAAGGCGGCGCGGUCGCAGGUUCGAGCGGGGAAGCAAGCUGACGAGGAGAAGUCUUGGCGCUCCGCGUAUCCCCACCAGCCCGUUCGGAGGCGUGGCCCAUGGGGGUUGCCGGGGAA